UAGCUAACAAACACGGAAAAGCCGAAACAAAAUAUAUAGCUUCCGUCUUCAAAACGCAUGUUCUCGCUGUAACGUCUUUUCUUUCGAUUUAGGUUCUUGACAAACUUCUAGAUCAAUAAAAAAAAAGUAAUCUCUAAUCAAAUGGCGAAGAAACCGAAGCACCUUCGUCAUCAGCCGCGUAAAUCUUCAUCGUCGACGACGCAGGCUUUCACAGUUGUCAUACUUGUACUCUCCGGCAUUCUUAUUCUUCUCGGUCUCGGAAACAUUUCACUUCCUAGCACCAGCAAGAACUCUUCACUACCGAUCGAUUUGACCACCAUUGUCCGCGAAAGCGAAGAGAGGCAGAGUUACGGAGACGAAGAAGACGGUAAUGGCGACCGUUGGCUCGAAAUUAUUUCUUGGGAGCCUAGAGCUUUCCUUUACCACAAUUUCUUGACAAAUGAAGAAUGUGAGCACUUAAUUAGCCUCGCCAAACCUAAUAUGGUGAAGUCAAUGGUGGCUGAUGUGAAAACCGGACGCAGCAAAGAUAGCAGAGUACGAACAAGCUCAGGAGCUUUUCUUGAAAGAGGGCAUGACGAAAUUGUGGAAGAAAUUGAGAAUAGGAUUUCAGAUUUCACCUUCAUUCCUGUUGAAAAUGGAGAAGGUCUUCAAGUACUCCAUUAUGAAGUUGGGCAGAAAUAUGAGCCUCACCAUGACUAUUUCGUAGAUGAGUUCAACGUCAAAAGGGGAGGGCAAAGAGUUGCUACUGUCCUUAUGUACCUCUCGGACGUUGAUGAAGGCGGCGAAACAGUGUUCCCUUUAGCCAAAGGAAACAUUAGUGAUGUCCCGUGGUGGAAAGAGCUCUCGCAAUGUGGUAAAGAAGGACUCUCUGUUCUGCCAAAGAAGAGAGACGCCUUACUAUUCUGGAGCACGAAGCCUGACGCCACUCUAGACCCUUCUAGCUUGCAUGGCGGUUGUCCAGUGAUUAAAGGAAACAAGUGGUCUUCGACUAAAUGGCUUCAUGUUCACGAGUACAAGACUUGAAUAAACCAUAAAAUGAGAUAUGAUGAUCUCGUCUCACCAACAUGUACUAUUAUGUACUGUAUCGUUCUCAGUUUCAUCCUCCUUUAAGUGAUAUAACUUAUGUAUGUUACCUUAUGGAUUAUUUUUCUUUCAAUCCUUGAUUAUUAACUAGAGACAAGAGGCCUAAGUUAAUUUUCCUUUUUGGUUUGUGAGAAUCCACGGG